CGAGUAAAACAUCUCUCGGAUCGAUCGCCAUUUUUAACACAGUAAUAAUGCGGAGUACUCAAUAACAUAGUCUUCUUCGUCAAAGCCCGGUAAAUCUGCUGUCGGUGGUGGACGUGGAUGGGUCAAGAAUCGUUCAUAUACAGCUUUGUUGCUCGGGGAACUAUGGUCUUGUCGGAGUACACGGAGUUCACCGGUAACUUCCCGGCGAUCGCCGCCCGCUGCCUGCAGAAGCUUCCGUCUUCCAACAAUAAGUUCACUUUCAACUGCGAUCACCACACUUUUAACUUCCUCGUUCAAGAUGGUUACGCUUAUUGUGUUGUGGCCAAAGAAUCCGUUGGCAAACAGAUAUCAAUUGCGUUUUUGGAACGUGUAAAAGCGGAUUUUAAUAAAAGAUAUGGUGGUGGCAAAGCAGAUACCGCUACUGCAAAGAGUUUGAAUAAGGAAUUUGGACCAGUUAUGAAGGAACACAUGAAGUACAUAAUUGACCAUGCUGACGAGAUUGAGAAACUACUUAAGGUCAAGGCUCAAGUUUCAGAGGUUAAAAGCAUUAUGCUCGAGAACAUAGACAAGACUAUUGAAAGGGGGGAGAACUUAACAGUACUUACCAACAAGGCAGAAGAUCUACACAACUCGGCCAAACAAUUCAAGAAACAGGGGACUGAAAUCCGUCGCAAGAUGUGGUAUCAGAACAUGAAAAUAAAGCUGGUUGUGCUCGGAAUCAUCAUCUUUUUGGUGCUGGUAAUAUGGCUAUCUGUUUGCCAUGGCUUCAGCUGCUCCAACUAAGCAUCUCCUUUUUACACCGAACUCUCGACACACAUGAUUCGCUUCCAGCAUUCCAAACAGGGCUUUAAGAGCACUUCACGCUUGCAGAACAUGGGCUUUCUCUUCAUUAUUGAAGCAUGAGGUUAAUUUGUUGUGUAUUCUUUAGGUCAGGUGAGAUGUAGACAUUCUUGUAUAGUGAAAGAUGUAUGCUGAAAUAGAAUGAGCUACCAAUCAAUUGUAUAUCAUGUAUUUGCUUGAAUAAAUCACUUUAUACCAC